AUUGCGCAUGCGCCAUUUUGACAGAAAAUAUAACAUAAUAGAAUUAAGACGGUUCUAGUCUGAGCUUGCCUUUUCUGUUAAAUCAAAAUAAAAUUUCAUUUUAUGCAAUUAUUGCAGGCUGUUACUACAGAGUAAUGUCAGAUACAAGUACACAUAAAAGUUUCGAUAGUGACUUUCCUAUACUGGGACUUCUGCCGAAGAAAGAAACGGGGGCUUGGCAAUUUUUAAACAAAUAUCCCGAAUACGAUGGAAAAAAUGUCACCAUAGGUAUUUUAGAUUCUGGAGUUGAUCCAGGGGCGGCUGGAUUACAAAAAACGCCUGAUGGUCGUCCUAAGAUAAUUGAUAUAGUAGAUGCUACUGGCUCUGGUGACGUUGAUGUUUCCACUACAGUUGAGGCUGUUGAUGGAACAAUCACUGGUUUAAGUGGCAGAAAGUUGAAAAUUCCAACAUUUUGGACUAAUCCUUCGAAUGUUUAUCAUAUUGGAAUAAAAUCGUCUCUUGAUCUCUACCCUAAAUUACUUAGAGAGCGACUGUCGACAGAAUAUAAGAAGAAGAUUUGGGAUCCUCAGCAUAGGGAGAAGUUAGCUGAAGCUGUCAAAAAAUUGGAAGACUUUGAUCGUGAACCCUCCGUGGAACUCUCGCAGGAAGAAAGAGAAAUUAGAGAAGAUUUACAGCAUCAGAUAGAUGUUUUGAAUUCUACUGAAAAAAAAUAUAACUUUCCUCCAAAAAUAUUUGACUGUGUUGUCUUUAACGAUGGAAAAGUUUGGCGGGCUUGUAUGGAUACCAGCUGCAUAGGGAAGUUGGAAGAUUGCUCACUAAUGGCAUCAUAUUAUGAGGAAAACCAGUAUGCAACAAUAAGUGCUUUAGAUCAAAUGAAUUAUAGUUUCAACAUUUGGAAUGAUGGUAAUGUGCUGGAAGUGGUCACAAAUGCGGGAUCCCAUGGGACUCACGUAGCUUGUAUUGCAGCCGGAUAUUUUGAACAUGAACCAGAAAAAAAUGGUAUUGCUCCAGGAGCUCAAAUUGUUGCAAUAAAAAUAGGAGACUCUAGAUUAGGAUCUAUGGAAACUGGUACAGCCCUAAUUCGAGCGAUAAUUCAUUUGUCAAGAAAAGGUGUAAAAUUGGCAAAUUACAGUUAUGGAGAGGGGUAUUUGUGGCCCAAUGCUGGUAGAAUCAACGAGGUGAUUGAAGAAUCAGUUAGAGAGAAUGGACUAGUCUUUGUAUCAUCUGCAGGGAAUGAUGGUCCUGCUUUAGGGACAGUUGGAUCGCCAGGUGGGACAUGUAGUUCAAUUGUAAGUGUCGGUGCUUACGUUACUCCUGAAAUGAUGAAAGCUGAAUACUCACUUCGAGAGUAUCUUCCUCUAAUGCAUUAUACAUGGAGUUCUAGAGGUCCUGCUGCUGAUGGUGCUCUAGGCAUUAGUAUCUCUGCACCUGGAGGAGCAAUAACUAGUGUCGCCAACUGGACACUAAAAGGCUCUGAACUAAUGAAUGGAACAUCUAUGUCGUCGCCGAAUGCUUGUGGGUGUAUUGCAUUGAUUAUGAGCGCUUUAGCAGCCAAAGGGCGCCAUUGCAGUCCAUAUGAACUACGACGCGCUCUAGAAUAUUGCGCUAUUAACGAGUCAAGUCAGAAUUUCGACAAAUUUGCAGCUGGUUUCGGAGUUGUUAAGGUGGAAAAAACAUUUGACUAUUUACAUAACGUUUUGAGUCAUAGAGAUAUUUUGAUGGAUAUUAACUGGCAUGUUUCGGUAACAAUGCCAAAAUCUGGUUCAAACUCACCAGGAAGAGGUAUAUUUAUCCACGAGCCAAAUCAGGCUUUUAAGCGCACUGAACACUUUGUUUACGUAAAACCUGAACUUCACGGCGAAGGCUUAGAAAAGGAAAAAAUAAAUUUGUCAGUCCAUGCUCGAUUGGUUUGUGAAGAAUCUUAUGUGAAAUCGCCUUCCCAUAUUGAAUUAAUGAACACUGGUCGUGGAUUUUAUAUUCAAGUAGAUCCAACAGGACUAGAGACUGGAUGCUACUUGACCGAGCUCAAAGCUUUUGAUUGUGAUAAUGUAGAAAGGGGGCCAUUAUGGCGUUUACCUAUAACUGUCAUAGUUCCUCGUAAAGUACCAAGCUGGAACUACAGUCAAGAAAACAUUUCUUUCCAACCAGGAGAAAUCCGUCGUCACUUUUUCGUUGUUCCCAUUGGCGCAAGCUACGUUGAGGUGAAAAUUUCGUCAAACCACAAAGAAAAUUCACUAAAAAUGCUCCUUCAUGCUGUACAAUUUCAUAGUUUUUCAACAAAAAGAUUAUCACAUUUUCUAUCACUGAAUCCGUUAGCAACGGCUGAUGAUAAUUUUAUUUUGAUUAAUGAUAAUUCAACAAUUGAAAUAACCAUUGCUAGAUGGUGGGCAUCUUUGGGGAAUGCUACUCUAUCCUACUCCGUUCAAUUUAGAGGAGUGAUGCUGUCAUCUAAAUCAUUUACUCUUCAUGCUGGUGCGCCAGCCCUACCAAUAGAUAUUAAGUCAUACUGUCCAAGAGCUGAAGAGAUUUCACCUAACGUUACCCUGCGUUUUUGGGAGCAAUCUCUCAAACCAAGCUCGUUUAAGAUUAGAACAUUGGAUUCAAUACGCGAUUGUGUAGUCCCAUACAAACGCCAAAUUUAUGGUUUGGAAUUGAUAUAUAAACUAAAUAUUGAUCGCACGACCGACGUUGUCAUAAAUUUUGCCCCACUUUCUUCUUUAUUGUACGAAAGUGAUUUGGAAAGUCAGUUGUGGAUGCUUCAUGACGCGGCCACAAAGGUGCAUAUUACGUCGGGUGAUGCAUUUCCCUCAGGUUAUUCGAAAAAGUUAGACAAGGGUGACUAUUUAUUGCGUCUCCAAAUUCGACAUGAGAAGCAGGAUAUUCUCGAAAAGCUUAAAGAUUUGACAGCAACAAUACAGUUAAAACUUCAUUCUAACAUAACGUUAGAUUUGUACUCAGAUACGUCAGGCGCCUUGGUUAAUUCUAGGAAAUUUCCAUCUUCAAUUAUUUUACCAGAAGGUGAAAGCUCAACUUUCUUUGCUGCUCCUCCUAAUGAUGAGAAAAUAUCAAAGAACAGUGGUCGUCUACUCGGAAGCCUUACCUUGUCACGAGAUGAAUCAAUAAAAAAAGCUGUAAACUAUCCCUUUUAUUAUGUAAUCCCAAAUGGUAAAAAAAAUAACAAGAGCACACCUGAAAAAAGACUGUCGAAUGAAGAGGCAAGUAAAAUCUUGAUGGAAGCUGAACGAGACUGUCGAAUAGCUCACCUGCGAAAGCUUGAGGACCCAUUACUUUAUUACAACGAAUUAUGCAUAAAAUAUAAUGACUAUGUUCCUUUACAUUUAAGUUACUUGCAAGGAGUAGAGGCUAAUCCAAAUGUUUCAUCGGGACACAUUACAGAUGUUUGUACGAAGGCUUUAGAUUUGAUAGACAAGAAUGAGGUAUUAAUAAAUAUUGGUCUUAAAAAUGAUCAACGACCUGAUGCUGCCCGAAUAAAAGCUGACACUGAAACGAAAAAGCUGUGGUUGAUUGAGCUUUAUAUAAAAUUUUCAAGCAGUCUUUUGGAUUCACUCGAGAAAGUAGAUAACGAUAUACUACGAAUUGAAAAUCAGAAUUCUAUUGAACUUAUGAAGAGUCAGUUGCAUCAAAGUAUUCUAAAUUUAAUGUCUUUAAGCGAUUCUUCACAGGACCAACAAACAGGUCAAGUUAUUGCUCGCUAUGCUUCUUAUAAAAGGCUUUAUGGAAAGUCACUCAAAAUUUUAUUGAAGAUAUUUGAAGAAAGAUGUGCUGGUCAAGACUCAAAUGAUCUUGAAGUGAAAAUCAUUAGUCUUUGCAAAAAAUGUGACUGGAAUCAUUUAGCAAAUUAUUAUGAAGAUUGGAGAGUCUAUAAGCAUCCUAAGGGGCCGUAUAGACCUUUUUAA